CAAUAUGAUUUUAUCUUUUCUCAGAAGAAGCUCUCCGCCGAACUGUCUUGUACUGGAAUUACUGAGUACGAUGCCAGCAAAGAAUUGCGUGAUGCUAUCGAGAGAGAGAUUGACAGCCGCGAACAACUGCGGUUCGCAGAAGAGGACCUGAAGCGAACACAGGAACGACUGAAGGAAGUGGAAAACGAGAAUGAGAUAUUGUUGAAGAAGCUGUCCAAGACUGCCAAACUGAGACCUCCCAUGGUGCGAUCAGCAAGUGAGGGCAAUGCUCACCUUCAACUAGAGCUUGCAGAACACGAAGUGGAACAUUUGUCCACAAAGAUUGAAAGACUGAAGCGAACGAACGAUCACCUUACCAGGAAGUAUGUUUCACUGAUCAAUGUAAUGUCUUAG